GAAUGGGGGGAGGAUGAUCCCUAUCAGAUCACAAAGCCCCUCACAUAUAAAAAGAUCAGAGGCUCAUGUCAGCGCUUCGUGUCCUUCCUGUUCUGACAUCCAGGAUUGCCCAGUCCUCUUCUUAACUGAAAUCAUCAGAGGGAUUCACAUACCUGCUUCAUCACUAAGCAUCCUCCUGUGAACCGCAACCAUGAGUUCGGAUGCGGAGAUGGCGGUUUUUGGGGUGGCGGCUCACUUCCUCAGGAAAAAUGAGAAGGAGAGGAUCGAGGCCCAGAACAAACCGUUUGAUGCAAAGACGUCUAUGUUUGUGGUGGAUGCCAAGGAAUCCUAUGUGAAGGGCACACUAACCAGUAAGGAAGGGGGCAAAGCCACCGUAAAAACUGAGAAAGGGGAGUCUGUAACAGUGAAGGAUGACCAAAUUUUCCCCAUGAACCCCCCUAAAUAUGAUAAAAUUGAAGACAUGGCGAUGAUGACUCACCUGAACGAGCCGGCCGUCCUGUAUAACCUCAAAGAGCGUUACGCAGCCUGGAUGAUCUACACAUAUUCCGGUCUGUUUUGUGUCACCGUGAACCCCUACAAGUGGCUGCCUGUUUACAACCCUGAAGUUGUCGAUGCUUACAGAGGCAAGAAGCGUCAGGAGGCCCCACCACACAUCUUCUCUAUCUCUGAUAACGCCUAUCAGUUCAUGUUGACUGAUCGCGAAAACCAGUCCAUCCUGAUCACUGGAGAAUCCGGUGCCGGCAAGACGGUGAACACGAAACGUGUCAUCCAGUACUUCGCAACAAUUGCAGCUGUUGGUGACAAAAAGAAAGAGGAGGCUACAAAGAAUAAGGGGACUCUGGAGGAUCAGAUUAUUCAGGCUAACCCAUUGCUAGAAGCCUUUGGUAACGCCAAGACUGUCAGAAAUGACAACUCCUCCCGUUUUGGCAAAUUCAUCAGAAUCCAUUUUGGCACCACUGGAAAACUGGCUUCUGCAGAUAUUGAAACAUAUCUGCUGGAGAAAUCCAGAGUGACUUUUCAACUGAAAGCUGAGAGAAGCUACCACAUCUUCUACCAGAUCAUGUCCAACAAGAAGCCUGAGUUGAUCGAAAUGCUUUUGAUUACAACAAAUCCCUACGACUUUCCAUUCGUCAGCCAAGGUGAAAUUACUGUGGCCAGCAUUGAUGAUACUGAAGAGCUGAUGGCCACUGACAGUGCCAUUGAUAUUCUGGGAUUCACCGCUGAGGAAAAAGUCACCAUUUACAAGCUGACAGGUGCCGUAAUGCACUACGGUAACAUGAAGUUCAAGCAGAAGCAAAGAGAGGAGCAGGCCGAGCCUGACGGCACAGAAGUUGCUGACAAGGCAGCCUACUUGAUGAACCUGAACUCUUCAGAUCUUCUGAAAGGCCUCUGCUAUCCCAGAGUCAAAGUCGGGAAUGAAUAUGUCACCAAAGGUCAGACGGUGCAGCAGGUGCACAAUAAUGUUGGUGCCUUGGCAAAGGCCGUCUAUGAGAAGAUGUUCUUUUGGAUGGUUGCACGUAUCAAUGAACAGCUAGACACAAAACAUUCAAGACAGUUCUUCAUUGGUGUCCUGGAUAUUGCUGGAUUUGAAAUCUUUGAUUACAACAGCUUGGAACAACUUUGCAUCAACUUCACCAAUGAGAAGCUGCAGCAGUUCUUCAACCACCACAUGUUUGUCCUGGAGCAAGAGGAGUACAAGAAGGAGGGGAUCGAGUGGACCUUCAUCGACUUCGGCAUGGACCUCGCUGCCUGCAUUGAGCUUAUUGAGAAGCCAAUGGGUAUCUUCUCCAUCCUUGAAGAGGAGUGCAUGUUUCCCAAGGCGACAGACACCUCCUUCAAGAACAAACUGUAUGAUCAACAUCUCGGCAAAUCCAACAACUUCCAGAAGCCAAAGCCGGGCAAAGGCAAAGCUGAGGCUCACUUCUCCCUGAUCCACUAUGCUGGGACUGUGGACUACAACAUCAGCGGCUGGCUCGACAAGAACAAGGACCCACUGAAUGAAACUGUCAUUGGGCUUUACCAGAAGUCAUCUAUGAAAACCUUAGCCACGCUAUUCUCCUCCUAUGCAGCAACUGACGCAGAUAGUACGAAGAAAGGUGCCAAGAAGAAGGGUUCCUCUUUCCAGACUGUGUCUGCUCUUUUCAGGGAGAACUUAAACAAGCUGAUGAGCAAUCUUCGGUCAACUCAUCCUCACUUUGUACGUUGUAUCAUCCCCAAUGAGACCAAAACACCAGGUUCUAUGGAACACCAGCUGGUGUUGCACCAGUUGCGGUGUAACGGGGUGCUGGAAGGAAUUAGGAUUUGCAGAAAGGGUUUCCCAAGCAGAAUUCAGUAUGGUGACUUCAAGCAGAGAUACAAGAUCUUAAAUGCCAGUGCUAUCCCAGAUGGUCAAUUUAUUGACAGCAAGAAAGCUUCUGAGAAACUUCUUGGGUCCAUUGAUGUAGACCACACACAGUACAGAUUCGGACACACAAAGGUCUUCUUCAAAGCUGGUCUCUUGGGGACACUGGAAGAAAUGCGAGAUGACAGACUGGCAGAAGUUAUCACUCGUACUCAAGCUAGGUGCAGAGGAUACCUCAUGAGAGUAGAAUUUAAGAAGAUGAUGGAAAGGAGAGAGGCAAUAUUUUCCAUUCAGUAUAACAUCCGAGCAUUCAUGAACGUCAAACAUUGGCCAUGGAUGAAGCUGUACUUUAAGAUCAAGCCUCUCCUGAAGAGUGCCGAGUCUGAGAAAGAGAUGGCAACAAUGAAGGAAGAGUUUGCGAAGACAAAAGAGGCUCUGACUAAGUCUGAUGCCAAGAGAAAGGAGCUAGAGGAGAAGAUGGUUAAAAUUCUCCAAGAGAAGAAUGACCUUUUCCUUCAAGUCCAGUCUGAAUCUGAGAACUUAAAUGAUGCUGAGGAGAGAUGCGAUCAGUUGAUCAAAACAAAAAUUCAACUGGAAGCCAAGAUCAAAGAGUUGAAUGAGAGGUUGGAAGAUGAGGAAGAGUCAAAUGCCGAAUUGACUGCCAAGAAGAGAAAACUCGAGGACGAGUGCUCCGAGCUGAAGAGAGACAUUGAUGACCUUGAGUUGACUUUGGCCAAGGUUGAGAAGGAGAAACAUGCCACAGAAAACAAGGUUAAAAACCUUACAGAAGAGAUGGCUGUCUUGGAUGAGACCAUUGUCAAACUAACAAAAGAGAAGAAAGCUCUGCAAGAAGCCCACCAACAAACUCUUGAUGACCUCCAGGCUGAAGAAGACAAAGUGAACACGCUGACGAAAGCAAAAACCAAGCUUGAGCAACAAGUUGAUGAUCUUGAGGGAUCUCUCGAACAAGAGAAGAAAUUGCGCAUGGACCUUGAAAGAUCCAAAAGGAAACUUGAGGGGGAUCUUAAAUUAGCCCAAGAAACCUUAAUGGAUCUAGAAAAUGAUAGGCAGCAGCUGGAUGAAAAACUUAAAAAGAAAGAUUUUGAAAUUAGCCAGUUUGCAAGCAGAAUUGAGGAUGAACAAGCUCUAGGUGCCCAGCUGCAGAAGAAAAUUAAAGAAUUACAGGCUCGAAUUGAAGAAGUUGAAGAGGAAAUUGAAGCAGAACGUGCAGCUCGCGCCAAGGCUGAGAAGCAGCGCUCCGACCUCUCAAGAGAGCUUGAGGAGAUCAGUGAGCGCCUGGAGGAAGCUGGUGGUGCAACCUCUGUUCAGAUUGAGAUGAACAAGAAGCGUGAGGCUGAGUUCCAGAAGAUGCGUCGCGACCUGGAAGAAGCUACUUUACAACAUGAAGCCACUGCCUCUGCUCUCCGAAAGAAGCAUGCCGACAGUACAGCUGAGCUCGGGGAACAAAUUGAUAACCUGCAGCGGGUCAAACAGAAACUGGAAAAAGAGAAGAGUGAACUCAAGAUGGAGAUUGAUGACCUUGCCAGCAACAUGGAAUCUGUUUCCAAAGCAAAGGCCAACUUUGAAAAAAUUUGCCGCACCCUUGAAGACCAGUUGAGUGAACUCAAGACUAAAGAGGAAGAACACCAAAGAAAUAUUAAUGAUAUGACCACUCAAAGGGCCCGACUGCAAACUGAAAAUGGUGAACUUACUAGACAACUGGAAGAAAAAGAUGCCCUGAUCUCUCAGCUCACUCGAGGCAAACAGGCCUUUACCCAGCAAACUGAAGAGCUCAAGAGGCAACUGGAGGAGGAGACGAAGGCCAAGAAUGCACUUGCACAUGGUUUACAGUCUGCCCGUCAUGAUUGUGACUUAUUAAGGGAACAAUAUGAAGAGGAGCAAGAGGCAAAGGCUGAACUUCAACGUGCUUUGUCCAAGGCUAAUGGUGAAGUUGCCCAAUGGAGAAUAAAAUAUGAGACAGAUGCCAUUCAGCGUACAGAGGAACUGGAAGAGGCCAAGAAGAAGCUAGCCCAGAGACUACAGGAAGCAGAGGAACAAAUUGAGGCUGUGAAUUCAAAGUGUGCUUCCCUUGAGAAGACCAAACAGAGGUUGCAGAAUGAAGUUGAGGAUCUCAUGGUUGAUGUGGAGAGGUCCAACAGUGCCUGCGCUGCCCUAGACAAGAAGCAGAAAAACUUUGAUAAGAUUCUUGCUGAAUGGAAGCAGAAAUAUGAGGAGGCACAAGCUGAGCUUGAAGCUUCCCUGAAAGAGUCUCGUUCUCUAAGCACUGAACUGUUUAAAAUGAAGAAUGCCUAUGAAGAGUCCAUGGACCACUUGGAGACCAUCAAGCGAGAGAACAAGAACUUGCAACAGGAGAUUUCAGACCUUACUGAACAAGUAUCAGAAACCACAAAGUCUCUUCAUGAAGUAGAAAAGGCCAAAAAGCAAAUCGAGCAAGAGAAGAGUGAAGUCCAGACAGCACUGGAGGAAGCAGAGGCAUCACUUGAACAUGAAGAAGGAAAAAUCCUAAGAAUCCAACUGGAGCUCACCCAAGUGAAAUCAGAAAUUGAAAGGAAGGUUGCAGAGAAAGAUGAAGAAAUUGACCAACUGAAAAGGAACCACAUCAGGAUUGUUGAAUCAUUGCAAAGCUCUUUGGAUGCUGAAAUCAGAAGCAGAAAUGAUGCUCUGAGGGUAAAGAAGAAAAUGGAAGGAGACCUGAAUGAGAUGGAGAUCCAGUUAAGCCACGCCAACCGCCAGGCUGCAGAAUCUCAAAAGCAGCUGAGAAAUGUCCAGAGUUUGCUUAAGGAUGUCCAAAUUCAUCUGGAUGACUCCCUCAGGUCCAAUGAGGAUCUGAAAGAACAAUUAAUCUUGAUUGAGCGCAGAGCAACCCUCAUGCAAUCAGAGAUUGAAGAACUUAGGUCUGCUCUGGAACAGACUGAGAGGAGCAGGAAGGUUGCUGAACAGGAGCUCCUGGAUGCAAGUGAACGUGUCCAACUUCUGCACUCACAGAACACAAGCUUGAUUAACACAAAAAAGAAGCUGGAGAACGACAUUGCUCAGUUGCAGACAGAGGUCGAGGAGGCCAUACAGGAAUCUAGGAACGCAGAAGAAAAAGCCAAGAAAGCAAUUACUGAUGCUGCUAUGAUGGCUGAGGAACUGAAGAAGGAACAAGACACCAGUGCUCAUCUUGAGAGGAUGAAAAAGAACCUUGAUCAGACUGUGAAGGACCUUCAACUACGUUUGGAUGAGGCUGAACAGCUAGCUCUUAAAGGAGGAAAGAAGCAGCUCCAAAAAUUGGAGGCCAGGGUGAGGGAACUUGAAAAUGAACUUGAAGGUGAGCAGAAACGCAGUUCAGAAGCCAUUAAGGGUGUUCGUAAAUAUGAGAGGCGUGUAAAGGAGAUCACAUACCAGUCUGAAGAAGAUAGGAAGAACGUCAUGAGACUUCAAGACCUAGUAGACAAACUUCAAUUAAAAGUCAAGGCCUACAAGAGGCAGACUGAAGAGAUUGAGGAGCAAUCCAACGUCAACAUAUCCAAAUACCGUAAAGUGCAGCAUGAACUGGAGGAAGCAGAGGAGCGUGCCGAUAUUGCUGAAUCUCAAGUCAACAAGCUUCGGGCUAAAACUAGGGAAGUCACCAAGAUCAUCAAGAGUGAAGAAAAAUACACUUCAGAGAUGAUGAAACAUGCAGUAGACACCUUGAUAUGUAUGAAGAAGAUGGGGAUGUAUGAGAGGUAUGAGGACACAGACAUGUAUCUGAGGAAGGCUUUGACAUGUAUGUCAUCUGGUGAGAUCUGUAGAGGAACAGCAAACAUGAGUAGCGACUCCGAGAUGGCCAUUUUUGGCGAGGCCGCUCAUUUCCUCCGAAAGUCAGAGAAAGAGAGGAUUGAGGCCCAAAAUCGCCCAUUUGAUGCCAAAACAUCUUACUUUGUAAUUGACCCAAAGGUGAUGUAUGUAAAAGGAGUUAUACAGAGCCGAGAUGGAGGGAAAGUAACCGUAAAGAAAGAAGACAACACCACUGUAACAGUGAAGGAAGAUGAAGUUUUCCCCAUGAACCCUCCAAAGUACGAUAAAAUUGAAGACAUGGCGAUGAUGACCCACUUGAAUGAACCUGCCGUCUUGUAUAACCUCAAAGAGCGUUAUGCAGCCUGGAUGAUCUACACCUAUUCUGGACUCUUUUGUGCCACAGUCAAUCCCUACAAGUGGCUGCCAGUGUACAACCCUGAGGUGGUGGCUGGAUACAGAGGCAAGAAGCGUCAGGAGGCCCCACCACACAUCUUCUCCAUCUCUGAUAACGCCUAUCAGUUCAUGUUGACUGAUCGGGACAACCAGUCUAUCCUGAUCACUGGAGAAUCCGGUGCCGGGAAGACCGUGAACACGAAACGUGUCAUCCAGUACUUCGCAACAAUUGCCGCUAUUGGUGACCCAAAGAAGAAGGAGGCCCAGCCCGCUGGAAAAAUCCAGGGGACCCUUGAAGACCAGAUUAUUCAGGCUAACCCAUUGCUGGAGGCUUUUGGUAAUGCCAAGACUGUCAGAAAUGACAACUCCUCCCGUUUUGGUAAAUUCAUCAGAAUCCACUUUGGUACCACAGGAAAGCUGUCUUCUGCUGAUAUUGAAACAUAUCUACUGGAAAAGUCCAGAGUGACAUUCCAGCUGUCUGCAGAAAGGAGCUACCAUAUCUUCUACCAGAUCAUGUCCAACAAGAGACCAGAGCUGAUCGAUAUGCUUCUAAUCACAACUAAUCCAUACGACUUCCCAUUCGUCAGUCAAGGGGAGAUAACAGUCGCCAGCAUUGAUGAUCAAGAGGAGCUGAUGGCUACAGAUAGUGCCAUUGACAUCCUCGGGUUCAAUCAAGAUGAAAAGGUCGGCAUCUACAAAAUGACAGGUGCCGUAAUGCACUACGGUAACAUGAAGUUCAAGCAGAAGCAAAGGGAGGAGCAGGCCGAGCCUGACGGCACAGAAGUGGCUGACAAGGUUGGAUAUCUGAUGGGUCUAAACUCAGCUGAUCUACUGAAAGCUUUGUGCUACCCAAGAGUCAAAGUCGGAAAUGAAUAUGUGACCAAAGGUCAAACUGUCCAACAGGUAUGUCCCAGCGUUUUAUAAUAAUCACCUCUAAUUAAAAAUUGUCCAAAACCUGACGAGAUUACAACUUCCAUUUAGGUGAACAACAAUGUGGGUGCCUUGGCCAAGUCUGUGUAUGAGAAGAUGUUCUUGUGGAUGGUCAUCCGCAUUAACCAGCAGCUGGACACCAAGCAACCAAGACAGCACUUCAUCGGCGUCUUGGACAUUGCUGGAUUUGAGAUUUUUGAUUACAACAGCUUGGAACAACUUUGCAUCAACUUCACCAACGAGAAGCUGCAGCAGUUCUUCAACCACCACAUGUUUGUCCUGGAGCAAGAAGAGUACAAGAAGGAGGGGAUCGAGUGGGAGUUCAUUGACUUUGGAAUGGACUUGGCCGCCUGCAUUGAGCUUAUUGAGAAGCCAAUGGGCAUCUUCUCCAUCCUUGAAGAGGAGUGCAUGUUCCCCAAGGCAACAGACACUUCCUUCAAGAACAAGCUGUAUGAUCAACAUCUUGGCAAGUCCAACAACUUCCAAAAACCUAAACCUGGCAAAGGCAAAGCUGAGGCUCACUUUUCCCUGGUCCAUUACGCUGGGACUGUGGACUACAACAUCACCGGCUGGCUUGAGAAGAAUAAGGACCCACUGAAUGAGACUGUCAUUGGGCUCUACCAGAAGUCUUCAGUGAAACUCCUGUCUUUCCUGUAUUCCGCAUAUUCUGCUACAGAAGCAGAGGGCGGUGCAAAGAAGGGUGGUAAGAAGAAGGGUUCCUCUUUCCAGACUGUGUCUGCUCUUUUCAGGGAAAAUCUGAACAAGCUGAUGAGCAACUUGAGGAGCACCCACCCCCACUUUGUACGUUGUCUGAUCCCCAAUGAAACCAAGACCCCAGGUACUAUGGAUCAUCAUCUGGUCAUGCACCAGCUCAGGUGUAAUGGUGUGUUGGAAGGCAUCAGGAUUUGCAGGAAAGGAUUUCCCAGCAGAAUCCUCUAUGCUGACUUCAAACAACGUUACAAGGUCCUAAAUGCCAGUGCUAUUCCAGAAGGUCAUUUCAUUGACAGCAAAAAGGCUUCAGAGAAGCUUCUUGGAUCCAUUGACAUUGACCACACACAAUACAAGUUUGGACACACUAAGGUCUUCUUCAAGGCUGGUUUGUUGGGUACCCUUGAGGAGAUGCGAGAUGAUAAGCUGGCACAGCUGAUCACUCGUACUCAGGCUAUGUGCAGAGGAUACCUUAUGAGGGUUGAGUUCCAGCAGAUGAUGCUGAGGAGAGAAUCCAUCUUCUGCAUUCAGUACAACAUACGUGCUUUCAUGAAUGUCAAAACUUGGCCAUGGAUGAAACUUUAUUUCAAGAUCAAGCCUCUCCUGAAGAGUGCUGAGUCUGAAAAAGAGAUGGCCAACAUGAAAGAGGAGUUUGAGAAGACAAAAGAAGCCCUAGUUAAGUCAGAAGCAAAGAGAAAAGAGCUGGAGGAAAAGAUGGUCUCCAUUCUCCAAGAGAAAAAUGACCUGCAGCUCCAAGUUACAUCUGAAUCUGAGGGCCUGGCAGAUGCAGAGGAAAGAUGUGAAGGCCUCAUCAAAGCCAAGAUUCAACUGGAAGCCAAAAUCAAAGAGAUUAAUGAGAGGCUAGAAGAUGAAGAAGAAUCAAAUGCUGAGCUGACAGCCAAGAAGAGGAAACUGGAGGAUGAGUGUUCUGAACUCAAAAGGGACAUUGAUGAUCUUGAGCUGACAUUGGCCAAAGUAGAGAAGGAGAAACAUGCCACAGAGAAUAAGGUAAAAAAUCUCACAGAAGAAAUGGCAGUACUUGAUGAAAGCAUUGCUAAGCUGACCAAGGAGAAGAAAGCACUCCAGGAAUCUCAUCAACAAACCUUGGAUGAUCUGCAAGCUGAAGAGGACAAAGUCAACACCCUAACAAAAGCCAAAACCAAGCUGGAGCAGCAAGUAGAUGAUCUUGAAGGAUCAUUAGAGCAAGAGAAGAAGCUUCGUAUGGAUAUGGAGAGGGCUAAAAGGAAGCUGGAAGGUGACCUGAAGUUGGCUCAGGAGUCUACAAUGGAUUUGGAAAAUGAUAGACAGCAACUGGAUGAAAAAGUUAAAAAGAAGGACUUUGAAAUCAGUCAGCUCCAGGGUAAGAUUGAAGAUGAACAGGCUCUGGCAGCUCAAUUACAAAAGAAGAUUAAGGAGCUCCAGGCUCGUAUUGAGGAAUUAGAGGAGGAGAUUGAGGCAGAACGUGCAGCUCGCGCCAAGGCUGAGAAGCAGCGCUCCGACCUCUCAAGAGAGCUUGAGGAGAUCAGUGAGCGCCUGGAGGAAGCUGGUGGUGCAACCUCUGCUCAGAUUGAGAUGAACAAGAAGCGUGAGGCUGAGUUCCAGAAGAUGCGCCGUGACCUGGAAGAAGCCACUUUACAACAUGAAGCUACUUCCGCUGCUCUCCGAAAGAAGCAUGCCGAUAGUACAGCAGAGUAUGGGGAGCAAAUUGAUAAUCUGCAGCGGGUCAAACAGAAACUGGAAAAAGAGAAGAGUGAACUCAAGAUGGAGAUUGAUGACCUUGCCAGCAACAUGGAAUCUGUCUCCAAAUCCAAAGCAAAUUAUGAGAAAAUGUGCAGAACCCUUGAGGACCAAUAUAGUGAGAUUAAAACCAAGGAAGAAGAGCAUCUUAGAGUAAUCAAUGACAUAAAUGUGCAGAGAGCUCGUCUUCAGACUGAAAAUGGUGAAUUCAGUCGCCAGCUUGAAGAGAAAGAAUCAUUAGUUUCCCAGCUCACCAGAGGGAAACAAGCUUUCACACAGCAACUUGAAGAGCUGAAGAGGCAUCUGGAAGAGGAGACAAAGGCCAAGAAUGCCCUGGCUCACGGUCUGCAAUCUGCCCGCCAUGAUUGUGACCUACUCAGGGAACAAUAUGAAGAGGAACAGGAAGCCAAAGGAGAACUUCAACGUGCUCUUUCCAAGGCCAACAGCGAGGUUUCACAAUGGAGAACAAAAUAUGAGACAGAUGCCAUCCAGCGCACAGAAGAACUGGAAGAAGCCAAGAAAAAGCUUGCUCAACGCCUCCAAGAAGCUGAGGAACAGAUUGAGGCUGUGAACUCAAAAUGUGCCUCUCUGGAGAAGACCAAAACAAGGCUUCAAUGUGAAGUUGAGGACCUGAUGGUGGAUGUAGAACGGUCAAAUUCAGCCUGUGCAGCCCUUGAUAAAAAGCAGAAGAACUUUGACAAGGUGCUGUCAGAAUGGAAGCAAAAAUAUGAGGAGGCUCAGGCUGAAUUAGAGGCUUCCCUGAAAGAGUCAAGGUCACUUAGCACUGAGGUCUUCAAGAUGAAGAACUCAUAUGAAGAGGCAUUAGACCAGCUUGAGACUCUGAAGAGAGAAAACAAGAACCUCCAACAGGAGAUCUCAGAUCUGACAGAACAAAUUGCAGAGUCAGGAAAAACUGUCCACGAACUGGAAAAGGCCAAGAAAACAGUAGAGCAGGAGAAGUCUGAGCUACAGUCAUCAUUAGAAGAAGCUGAAGCAUCACUGGAGCAUGAAGAAGCUAAGAUUCUCCGAGUACAACUUGAGCUGACACAAAUCAAAUCUGAAAUUGAUAGAAAGAUUGCAGAAAAAGAUGAAGAGAUUGAGCAAAUAAAGAGAAACAGCCAGAGAGCCUUGGACUCCAUGCAGAGCACUUUGGAUGCUGAGAUCAGAAGCAGGAAUGAUGCUCUGAGACUGAAGAAGAAGAUGGAGGGAGAUCUUAAUGAGAUGGAGAUACAAUUAAGCCAUGCCAACCGCCAGGCCGCAGAAGCCCAGAAACAACUCAGGAACGUACAGGGACAACUGAAGGAUGCCCUGCUGCAUCUUGACGAUGCAAUUAGAGGAAAUGAAGAGUUGAAGGAACAAGUUGCGAUUUCUGAAAGGAGGAACAAUCUCAUGUCUGCAGAAAUUGAAGAGAUGAGGUCUGCCCUAGAACAGACAGAACGUGCACGCAAAGUGGCAGAACAUGAGCUCCUGGAUGUCACUGAGCGUGUUCAGCUGCUCCACUCCCAGAACACCAGCUAUAUAAACACUAAGAAGAAGCUGGAAGCUGAUGUCUCUCAACUGCAAACUGAGGUGGAAGAGGCCAUCCAAGAAUCCAGGAAUGCAGAAGAAAAAGCUAAGAAGGCCAUCACAGAUGCUGCCAUGAUGGCUGAAGAGCUAAAGAAGGAACAGGACACCAGCUCUCACCUUGAAAGGAUGAAGAAGAACCUUGAGCAGUCAGUAAAGGAUCUUCAGAAUCGCCUUGAUGAAGCUGAGCAGCUGGCACUGAAAGGUGGCAAGAAGCAGCUUCAGAAACUGGAGGCCAGGGUACGUGAACUUGAAAAUGAGCUUGAUGCAGAACAGAAGAGGAGCUCUGAUGCUGUGAAGGGUGUGCGUAAAUUUGAGAGAAGAGUCAAGGAACUGACCUACCAGUCUGAAGAGGACAAGAAGAAUGUGUUCAGGCUUCAGGACUUAGUUGACAAGUUGCAAAUCAAAGUCAAAGCUUACAAGAGACAAGCAGAAGACGUGGAGGAACAGGCCAACGUCCAUCUGUCCAGAUUCAGGAAGACUCAACAUGAGCUGGAAGAGGCUGAGGAACGUGCUGACAUUGCGGAAUCCCAGGUCAACAAACUAAGAGCCAAGAGCCGUGACAUUGGCAAGAAAGCAGAAGAGUAAAGAGGACACGCCAUAAUUUACAGAAGACGUUCAUAUAAUAUGGGCUUUGCUGUAAUGCUCUUACGUAUUUAAAUCUAUAUGUUUAGCUCUAGGUGCAAAUAAAAUUGUAAAAAUAAGA